UAAAUGGACCAUCAAAUCAAUAAACUUUAAUUAAUCCCUACUUAAAUUUUAAAAAGAACCAAUCCAAAAUCUUUAUUGAAUCUUUUUGAAAAAAAAUUAUUUUUCUCUUAGAGAAAAAAUUACAUAGAAAUAUUCUGAAUUAGAAUUUGAAUUAGGUGAAUCAUGGGCGGUUUGGUUGGAUAAUUAUCCAUAAAUCUAUUUUUAAGUAUUUUUUUUAUUCAUUUAGUUCAACUCUUCGUAUCUGUCGAAUCUAAAAGAAAAUCCCAAAUUCAAAAUUUAUAUUCUUUGAACCGUUAAUGAUGAUAUUUAAACGUUCUCAAGUUAUUGAAUUUUGCUUUAAUUGAUGUCAAACUUUAAUCUUCAAAUUCCAACAAAAUGCCGCUUUACGUUGAUCGUGAGGCUCCUAAGCUAUGGAGGAAGAUUUACUCAGAGGCUUUGAUUGAGAUUUCCCUUCUUGCAGAGAAUUGGAAGCUUAUUCUUGCUGGACUUGUUUUUCAGUACAUUCAUGGAUUGGCUGCCCAUGGAAUUCAUUACCUACACCGGCCAGGACAAACACUUCAGGAUGCUGGAUUUUUUCUUCUUCCUGAACUUGGUCAAGACAAAUUUUAUAUCAGCGAGACUUUAUUCACCUUCAUUUUUGGUUCCUUUGUUUUGUGGACUUUCCAUCCCUUUGUGUUCCAGAGCAAAAGAAUAUACACUGUUCUGAUAUGGUGUAGGAUUCUUGCUUAUUUAGUUGUUUGUCAGUGUCUGCGCAUUGUAACCUUCUAUUCGACUCAGCUUCCUGGUCCAAACUAUCAUUGUCGUGAGGGCUCAAAACUUGCCAGGUUACCCCCUCCAGAGAGUGUUCUUGAAGUCUUCUUGAUCAACUUUCCCCAAGGUGUUAUAUAUGGCUGUGGUGAUUUGAUUUUUUCGUCACACAUGAUUUUCACCUUAGUAUUUGUCCGUACAUAUCAAAAAUAUGGCAUGAGAAGAUGCAUAAAACAAUUUGCUUGGCUACUAGCAGUGGUUCAGAGCCUCUUGAUUAUAGCAUCUCGCAAACAUUAUACAGUUGACAUUGUUGUUGCAUGGUAUACUGUAAAUUUGGUGGCAUUCUUUCUUGACAGGAAAUUGCCAGAAUUGCCUGACCGAUCAAGUGGAUCUACUGCUCCACCUCUACUUCCAUUAAGCACUAGAAAUAAGGAUGGCAAGAACAAGGAAGAACACCAGAAAUUACUGAAUGGGAAUUCUUCAGCAACUACAAGCUCAGUUUGAAAUACAACAGCAAAGACUUGUGGUUAUAUACGGGGUGGCUAGACACUUUUAUCAGGUCGUAUAAAGUAGAAUUCCGUAUACAGAAAUAGGUUACAACAAAUGAAUCACAAGAUUCAAGUUAGUUACACUGAUAAAUGGCAAUUAGAUGUCAGCACAAGCUGAAGAUAGCUUGUCAGCACAAGCUGAAGAUAGCUUGAUGCUGUUGCAUGAUUGGGCUUGUGAACAAAUUUCAAGUCCAAAAACAAUGCAUGCAUUCUCAUCGUUCUUACAAAUACCAAUAA